AUGGUGUGGUUGCAGAAGCUGUACCUGGUGUUCGAACUUUGCUCGAGCACUCUGGCUCAGGAGUUCAGUGAGCGCCGGCAGUUCAGCGAGGCGGACGCCCGCGAGGUGAUCCGCAAGCUGGCCAGCGCGGUCGCCUACCUCCACAGAAACGGCAUCGUGCACAGGGACCUGAAGCUGGAGAAUAUCCUGCUGACAACGAACCCGGCCGACCCGGAGGACAAACUCUACAUCAAGGUGACCGACUUCGGGCAGAGCGUCGUCCGAAGCGGAGUCGCCCACGACCAGAUGCUGCACGAGCGCUGCGGCACCAUGGCCUACAUGGCGCCCGAGGUGCUGGAAUCGCGAAUGUACUCGCACCAGUGUGACGUCUGGUCCAUGGGCGUCAUCACGUUUGUGCUGCUCGUCGGCGAGUUCCCAUUCACCGGCGACAAUCCCGACCAGCUCAAACAGCGAGUACUCAACGACGAACCUCUAUUUGUCACGGAGUCCGCCCCCGGUAGCUGA